AGAUUGUAAUUCUACCGGACAAUAAACUGUAACUCAGGUGUUAUUAAAAAAAUACGUCCAUUAUUGCACUAGUGCCAUUAAAAGAUCGAGAAUAAAUAUAAAAACGAAAGAAUUGAAGGGUUCGCAAUAUAGUUGGAAUAUAAACCUCGUUUUACAGUUUAGAAUUGAAUCGAAUGCUCACAGAAAUUGCCCGUUAUUAUUUACUCUAAAUAAUUCGUCAUUUUUACCUCUGCCUCCUGGAAUAACAAACGAUUGUACUUAGAUGCUGGCUAAUGCUGAUGGGUAAGCGUAGUACUUAUUUCCAGGUGAUACUUAUACCACGUUCGAGUUAAGACUGCUCUAACAAAUCCAGAAGCUGGUCAUAAUGGUUAAUCGAGUGGAGCUAGAUAAAAGAACCGAUGAUGAUGAAGACUAUAAUCCGUUUCUCGACCGUAAGAUAGCGAAACCGAAUUCAACCACAGGAACUUUAAUUCACUUGAUUAAAGGAUCUUUGGGCACAGGAAUAUUGGCGAUGCCUUUGGCAUUUAAAAAUGGAGGCCUAAUAUUCGGCUUGAUUGGAACCAUCGGUAUUUGCUUGAUUUAUGUGCACUGUGUGCAGCUGCUGGUCGGAACAUCACAGAAAGCAUGUAAACGCUCUCGUGUUGCUGUUUUAGGUUUUGCCGAAACGGCAGAAGUGGUUUUCGCAGACGGACCGCCGAUGUUAAGGCCAUACUCGAAUAUAGCGAGAAACUAUAUUGAUUUCAUGAUCCUGAUCCAGAGUCUCCUGACGCUAUGCCUGUUUCAAAUUUUUGUCGCCAGUUCAUUGCGUGACGUGGUCAACAAUCAGCAACAGAUACAGUGGAGUACGCUCGUGUAUAUUGCACUAGCUACGAUUCCAAUAGCCUUUAUCACACAGAUACGGGUAUUGAAAUAUUUGGUACCUUUUUCGGCGCUGGCUAACACACUAAUGAUAACAGCGUUUGGAAUCACGUUCUAUUUCCUGCUGAGCGAACGAAUCUCGCUAGACGAUAAGAAUUUCUGGCCGGAAUGGAGCAAGUUGCCAUUUUUCAUGAGUACCGUGUUGUAUGCUAUCCAAGGGAUUCGUUAUGUUCUACCCAUUGAAAACAACAUGAAACAUCCGGAGCACUUUUUAGGAGUUUGUGGAGUGCUUUCAAAAGCUAUAGGAUUUUUAACCAUCCUUUAUGUGGUGACUGGAUUCUUCGGUUAUGCAUGCUAUGGUGAAGACACGAAAGGAUCUGUUACUUUGAAUCUACCUAAGGAGAAUGGAUUAGCAGAAUCAACUCGUCUUUUAGCGGCCACAGCCGCCAUGUUCUCGAUGGGUCUCAGCUAUUAUGUCCCAAUGGAUAUCAUUUGGCGUCGAAUUGAAUCUAAAGUUCCCGAAAAACGAAGAAACAUUACACAGAUAGUGUUGAGGUUGGUCGUACUAAUUCUGUUGACCGGUGUCACAAUGGGAGUUCCCGAGCUGGAACCAUUCGUUGGACUUGUGGGAUCCUUUUGCUCUGGAAAUUUGGUAGUACUGGUACCAGUGGCUCUCGAUAUCGUAUUUCGGUGGCCAAACAACUUUGGCAACUAUCAGUGGCGAUUAGCUAAGGAUUGCCUGCUGGGGUUGUUUGGCCUGCUGGUUUUAGUUUCUGGAACCAUAGCAAGUGUACGGAAUAUUAUUGCUCUAUAUCAAUAGGUUAGUAAAAUUUUAAUUGAAACCUGGACUUUUGCGGAUAUUUCGUUGUUGUCCUGGUUUUCACAUUAUCUAGUUAUACCUGGACUUGAUUUCUCUACAACAACUGUUACAGCGUUUUUAAAUCGUGUGAUACUCGUUCUACUACACAUAAGAAAACGGUUAGCUAAACAAAAAUAGGUCACUAGGUACACACUGCUCGUAAAAUAAAAAUAUCGCUGACUUAAAACGCCAUAAACGCAUAUAGCAUAUUUACUUUGCAAAUGAAAGAAGUCAUUCAUCGUGAAGACUUCGCCAAAUCGCAGUGAUAGGCAAAGUCACAGUGACAGCCAAAACAUAAGCACAUCGCGAAUAGGAACCUUAUGACUUCGAGUCAUGGAAAGAAAUCAUUUUGUUAAACACUUUCUGACUUAGAUUUCGUUUCUAAUAGUUGCUCUUUUCUCGCUGCCUAUCACUGCCUAUUUAUAGUCGAAUUUAUUGUAUGCACAGGCACAGGUAUUAUCAAUUAGUACAAUGUUGAUUUACAGUAGUUCCCGUUCAAAAUUCAACCGCUUUCUUCGUUAUUAAACGCGUAACAAAGAUGAAUAGGUAUCUGGAUUUAUGUUUUAUUAGUAAAUUCAAUUUUUAAUAAAUUCUCAUAUCCAUUCAUUGACAACUGGUCUGCGAAAAUCAAACGGUAAUCUUACAACCAUCCUGGUAAAAGUUUUGUCAUUCCUCAUUUUUGUCAGACUGUCGCGCGAAAUCCUUUCUUAGUUAACCUAUCGAAAACACUUUGAGUUUUGCUGAUAUUUUUCCAAUAAAAAGGCCCUAAGAAUGCUAUGAAUUAUUGACAGCCCUUUUUUGCUCUAUCGAGAUCGACGUGCAAAGGUAUUUUUGAGUCUGGAUAAAAAUAUAUCCUUACUUUGUAGAAAGUAAUCCCGUCAAAUGAUUAUUUGAGAUGAAAAUGAGUGUUAAUCACAAAAAUAUGCAGAGUUAAGUAGAUAUGGCGGAAUAUUUCAAGUUUCUCUAAACAUGGGAAAAACUUGGUUACGAUUAAUUGUAUAGUAGCCUCAUUUAAUGGUAGUAUUUUAGAAAAAUAUAUUUAUAUGUGUGUAACAAAAAUCCGUAACUCCAA